CUCCCCUUCCUCCUAUCCGCUGCAAUGUGGGCCUUGUGGUCCUCCCCCUGCAGCCCCGCACAUGGAUCCCGACUGCAUUCCCUGAGGGUCCCCGCACCCUCCUCCUCCUCCUCCUCCUCGCCUUCGCUGCGGAUCCUGCUCCGGCGCGGCGGGGCCGCGGGGAGCCCGGGACCCCCCCCACACCGCGGCCGAGCAGGUGCGGGCCGCCGCCCCCAUGCCCGCCGCCCCCCAGAAACUGCAGCGGCGUGGCUUUCGAUGCGUCGGAGAGCGCCUGCGGCCAAAGAGGGGCUGCCUGGCCUGGCAAAGCCCAUCUAGCUGACCGUCCCCAGGAUAACACUGCUGUCCUGCUGCAGAGCCGGCGGAACCAUGCCCAAGAAGGAUGAUGAUGCCAAAAAGCCAGCAUCAGAGACGCUGCCGGACCAGCGCUGGAAGCUACAAGUCUUCUACCUCUGCUUCUAUGGCUUUAUGACACAGAUCCGGCCCGGGGAGAGCUUCAUCACCCCAUAUCUUCUGGGGGCUGACAAGAACUUCACACAGCCAGAGGUGACCAACGUGAUCACACCGGUGCUGACCUACUCCUACAUGGCCGUACUGGUACCCAUUUUCCUGCUGACGGACUACCUGCGCUACAAGCCAGUGCUGGUGCUGCAGAGCCUAAGCCAUAUCUCCAUUUGGCUGCUGCUUGUGUUGGGCACCUCUGUCCUGGCCAUGCAGCUGAUGGAGUUCUUCUACAGCAUCACCAUGGCUGCCCGCAUCGCCUACUCCUCCUACAUCUUCUCCCUUGUCACUCCAUCCCGCUACCAGCGUAUGGCCAGCUACUCUCGCUCUGCUGUCCUCCUGGGUGUCUUCACCAGCUCAGUGCUGGGCCAGCUCUGUGUCACCUUGGGCGGCGUCUCCUUCCUCACCCUCAACUACAUCUCGUUGGGCUUCGUCAGCUUUGGCCUCAUCCUCACCCUCUUCCUCGAGCGGCCCCGGCGCAGUCUUUUCUUCAACCGGCCCGAGGGGGCUGCUGACGAGGCUGCACCCGCUGAGCUGGACGAGAUGGCUGGGGGGGGUGGCGGUGGGGGGACGCGGGGCUGGCGGGAGGUGGUACUGUGCCGUAUGCUGCGGGAGGUGGGAGUGUUGGCCAGGCAACCCCAGCUCCGGCUCUGGUCCUUGUGGUGGGUCUUCAACUCAGCUGGUUACUACCUGAUGCUGUACUAUGUGCAGAUCCUCUGGAACGAGAUCUACCCUGCCACAGACAAACGCCAGGUGUACAAUGGAGGGGUGGAUGCUGCCUCCACGCUGCUGGGGGCUGGUGCUUCUUUUGCUGCUGGCUAUGUGAAGAUCCACUGGGCGCUGUGGUCAGAGCUGGUGAUCGGCGUGGUGACAGCUUUCCAGGCAGGGCUGCUCCUGCUGAUGAACACUACUAGCAACAUCUGGCUGUGCUACACUGCCUAUGUUCUCUUCCGUGGCUCCUACCAGUUCCUGGUACCCAUUGCCAUUUUCCAGAUCGCUACUUCCCUCUCGAAAGAGCUCUGUGCACUGGUCUUCGGGGUCAACACCUUCUUCGCCACCGUGCUGAAGACCAUCAUCACCAUCAUCGUGGCUGACAGGAGGGGCUUGGGCUUGUCUGUGCAUCCCCAGUUUUACGUGUAUUUUGGUUAUUUCACACUACUGGCGGUCACCUACCUGCUGUCAGCUGUCAGCGUGGGCAUCCGGCACAGCCGCCACAAGCAGCCAGCGGAGCAGGCCUUGGCCAAGGAGUUGUGCCAGCUCCCCGCUGAGGUGCCAGCACCGGAGAAGAGCCUGGAGGCAGGCGCCGUGUGAGCCUGAGUGCUGGCACUGUGACCCCCGGGGCUGGGUCGCAGCUCCAUAAAUGAGCAUCACUGUCAAUGUGUACUUGGUCUCCUGUCCCACCGUCUGUCCUCUGCGCCGGUCCGUUGAGGACAUAACCCCUUGGGAUCAGUUUUCUGAUCCGUGGGGGCAGGGCUGUGCCCCCCCCCCCCCCCAACCUGCAGACACUGCCAGAGCAGGGGCAGGAUGUCCGCGGCUGCCACCACCAGGUACGAUGCUGGGGUCCAGGGGGUCUCCCGGCUACCAGCUCCCCAUCAUUGUGCAGAGUCAGGCUACAAGAGGAUAACAUUUCUUUAUUCAGUGCCUUUAGAAAAUGGUUUAUAGAACACAACUGUCAAAAAAAAAAAAAAAGAUCCACAGGCUUUAAAUUGCAUUAAUUACACAAAAUACAGUAGACUGUAAGAAAUGGAGACUGUGUGACUCGCACAGCUUUUAUGGUAAUAAUUUCCAUACAAUAACAAAAAGCUAGUUACA